AUGUCAGAUGGGGUGAUCAUUGUCGGAGCCGGACAUGCCGCCGGCCAAGCAGUCGCCAGCCUGCGAUCAGAGGGCUAUGAAGGCCCGGUCACAGUGAUCGGCGACGAGCCCUAUGUUCCCUAUCAGCGCCCGCCUCUGUCCAAGAAAUUCCUGGCCGGUGAAAUCGACAUUGACCGGGUUUAUUUCAAGCCGCCGGAUUUUUAUGAGAAGUCCAACGCUGAGAUGGUCCUCGGGCGAAAGGUCGUCGAAAUCGAACGCCCGAAAAAGAUUGUGCAUCUAGAUGAUGGAAGCACGCGGGGGUACGACAAGCUCAUUCUGGCGACCGGUAGCCGUGUUCGCGAGCUCAACAUUCCAGGCUUUGACCUAGAAGGCGUGUUUUAUCUUCGCACAAUCGAAGAUGUCGAAGCGAUCCAGAGCAAGUUCAAUGAAGGCGGGAAGAUGGUCGUCGUAGGUGGCGGCUAUAUCGGCCUGGAAGUUGCUGCUGUUGCCGCGCAGCGCGGGAUUGACGUGACGGUACUUGAAAUGGCGCCGCGGGUUCUUGCCCGCGUGGUCGAUCCCAUCCUCUCCAAGUUUUAUACGAAGGCCCACACAGAAGCCGGUGUCAAAAUCGAAACAGGAGUGACUGUUUCCGGAUUUGAAGGAUCAAACGGCAAGAUCGAGAAGAUCGACUGCGGCGACGGUAAAACCUUUGACGCUGAUUUUGCCAUCGUUGGGGUUGGAAUCAUUCCCAAUGUGGAGCUCGCCGACGAAGCAGGCCUGAAAGUCGAAAACGGUAUUGCCGUUGAUGAAUUGUGUCGAACGGAAGAUCCGGAUAUUUAUGCGAUUGGGGAUUGCACCAACCAUCCCAAUCCUAUUCUCGGCACCCGGUUGCGUCUUGAGUCCGUGCACAAUGCCCUUGAACAGGGAAAGACUGCGGCGGCGUCCAUUUGCGGCAAGGAAAAACCAUACGCGCAAGUACCGUGGUUCUGGUCAGAUCAAUAUGAUCUGAAGCUGCAAAUCGUCGGGCUCUCUGCUGGUUAUGACGAAGUGGUGGUGCGGGGCGAUCCGGAGAACGAGCGCUCCUUUGCGGUCUUCUAUCUAAAAGACGGGGUGAUGAUUGCCUCUGAUGCGGUGAACCGUGCACCGGAACAUAUGAUGUCGCGGAGGCUUAUUGCCGCGAAAGCAAAAAUCCCCGCCGCAAAGCUCGCAGACGAAAGCAUCAACAUGAAAGACAUGGCGGAGUAG